AUGGCGUCUGGACGAAAGGAUUUCCUAAGCCAGGCAGCGCCUGAAAACUAUGUUGCUGGUCUAGGUCGUGGUGCGACAGGAUUCACCACUCGCUCCGAUCUUGGCCCGGCGCGUGAAGGACCUACGCCCGAACAGAUCCAGGCUGCUCUGACCAAGAGAGCUCAGCUUCUCGGAGCUGCUGCACCAACUGCCUACGGCGCCACUACACGGGAGAAAGGUGGAAAAGAGGAAGAUAAGGAGGAGGAAGAUGAGCGGUUCCAGGAUCCCGACAACGAGGUCGGGCUGUUCGCAUACGGACAGUUCGACCAAGAAGAUGAUGAGGCAGACCGCAUCUACCAAGAGGUAGACGAGAAGAUGGACAAGCGCCGGAGAGCUCGCAGGUUAGUCAUAUCCCUCCCAUUCCCCCUCCGAAACCAUUUGUUUAUCGGGUUAGCCCCGGUUCUUUGGACAGAGUACCGACUUGAAUCGCUCGCCGCCUACAGGGAAGCUCGAGAGAAAGCCGAACAACAAGAAUACGAACGUAAUAACCCGAAGAUCCAACACCAAUUUGCCGAUCUGAAACGCACACUCGCCUCGGUAUCUGAAGAAGACUGGGCCAACCUCCCGGAAGUUGGAGAUUUGACGGGCAAGAAUCGACGAGAUAAACAGAAUGCCCGAGAGCGGCACUACGCCGUCCCGGAUAGUGUCAUCGCUGGCGCGAGAGACUCGGCUCAAUACGGCACGACAAUCGCCGAAGAUGGCACGGAAACGAACGUCGGCGAAGGAGAAAGCGCCGACGGCACCAUGAUGAACUUCGCAGAUAUCGGUGCGGCGCGUGAUAAAGUGCUGAAGGUCCGCCUCGAUCAGGCUGCGCUAGGGUCAUCCGCUGAUACAUCCGGAACCGCUACGAAUAUCGACCCCAAGGGCUACCUCACCAGCUUGACACAAUCAGAAGCCAAGGCUGGUGAAGUUGAGGUGGGCGAUAUCAAGCGAGUUCGUACCCUGUUAGAAUCCGUCACCAAGACCAAUCCUAAGCAUGCUCCCGGUUGGAUUGCCCUAGCUCGUCUGGAGGAGCUUGCUGGCCGGAUUGUGGCUUCUAGGACCCUCAUCGCUAAAGGGUGUGAACUCUGCCCCAAAAGCGAAGAUGCAUGGCUGGAAAAUAUUCGACUCAAUGAAGGCCACAAUGCAAAGGUCAUUGCAGCGAAUGCUAUCAAGAACAAUGACCGUUCCACAAGACUUUGGACCGAGGCCAUGAGAUUAGAAACGGACACCCGUGCCAAGAAGAAUGUUCUCCGACAAGCUAUUUUGCACAUUCCCCAAUCGGUGCAGAUCUGGAAAGAAGCUGUCAACCUAGAAGAUGAUCCCGCCGAUGCGCGCUUGCUGUUGGCAAAGGCCGUUGAAAUCAUUCCUCUGUCAGUCGAGUUGUGGCUUGCCCUUGCUCGCCUUGAAUCUCCAGAAAAUGCACAGAAAGUCUUGAACGCUGCUCGCAAGGCCGUUCCUACUAGCUAUGAAAUCUGGAUUGCUGCAGCUCGACUCCAGGAGCAGAUGGGUACAUUUGCGAAGGUCAAUGUCAUGAAGCGUGCUAUCCAGUCCCUGGCCCGAGAGAAUGCCAUGCUGAAGAGAGAGGAAUGGAUCACUGAAGCCGAGAAAUGCGAAGGCGAAGGUGCUGUUCUUACAUGUGGUAGUAUCAUCCAAGAGACUCUUGGAUGGGGCCUGGAUGAGGAUGAUGACCGAAAAGAUAUCUGGAUGGACGACGCAAAGGCCAGUAUUGCCCGUGGUAACUACGAAACCGCCCGGGCAAUUUAUGCUUACGCCCUGCGGGUCUUUGUGAACCGCCGAUCAAUCUGGCUCGCAGCAGCAGAUCUGGAGCGCAACCACGGCACCAAAGAAGCUCUCUGGCAGGUUCUGGAGAAGGCAGUCGAAGCAUGCCCUCAGAGCGAGGAGCUCUGGCUCCUCCUUGCCAAGGAAAAAUGGCAGUCUGGAGAUAUUGACGAUGCUCGACGAGUCCUCGGCCGUGCCUUCAACCAAAACCCCAACAACGAAGAUAUCUGGCUGGCUGCUGUCAAGCUAGAGGCCGACGCCAAAAAGACCGACCAAGCCAGAGAGCUCCUGGCCACCGCCCGCCGUGAAGCUGGCACAGAUCGCGUGUGGACCAAGAGCGUUGCUUUCGAGCGGCAGCUCGGCAACAUCGACGACGCUCUGGAUCUAGUCAACCAAGGCCUGCAACUCUUCCCGAAGGCCGACAAGCUCUGGAUGAUCAAGGGCCAAAUCUACGAAGCGCAGAACAAGUUCCCGCAGGCGCGCGAGGCAUACGGAACAGGCACCCGAGCCUGCUCCAAGUCCGUUGCGCUGUGGCUACUUGCUUCGCGACUGGAAGAAAAAGCGGGCGCCGUGGUCCGAGCCCGAUCCGUCCUCGACCGAGCCCGUUUGGCCGUUCCCAAGAGCGCGGAGCUCUGGACCGAAAGUGUGCGCGUUGAACGUCGCGCAAACAACAUCGCCCAGGCCAAGGUCCUCAUGGCGCGCGCGAUCCAGGAAGUCCCAUCAUCAGGGCUUCUGUGGAGUGAAAGUAUCUGGUAUCUCGAGCCCCGCGCUCAGCGCAAAGCACGCAGUCUGGAGGCUAUCAAAAAGGUCGAGAACGACCCAAUUCUGUUCAUCACUGUCGCGCGUAUCUUCUGGGGCGAACGCCGGUUGGAGAAGGCCAUGACCUGGUUUGAGAAGGCGAUCGUCUUGGAUAGUGAUUACGGUGAUGGCUGGGCUUGGUAUUACAAGUUCCUUAUGCAGCAUGGUACUGAGGAGAAACGAUCAGAUGUCGUGUCGAAGUGCAUCUCGAUGGAACCCAAGCAUGGUGAAUUCUGGCAGUCCAUCGCGAAGGACCCGGUCAAUGCCUACAAGACCACUGAGGAGAUUUUGAAGCUCGUCGCAAAUGCCAUCAACUAG